AUGGCACCCACCUUAACCCCUAAAAAAUGCACCGCGUCCCCGAAAAAAGUCGCCAAAACACCAACACGAACAUCGCCUCGGAAAAAAGCUUGGGCAACACCGCCGAAAGCCGUCAAUUCGUUGUUGAAAAGCGAUUUAUUUGUGAGUUAUUUAGCCUAACUUCUUCUGAAUUUCUAUUAAAUAUUGCAGACCGAACAAGACUUUGCGGAUUUGUCGAAUCGCUCGUGGGCCGAAAUCACUGAAGAGGAUCCGGACGUGGUCAGCGAUUCAGCGGAUCUCCGCUGCAAAAGUGAAUCGCGUCGCAAAGGACAACCGCGUCGGUUGAAUGCCACGCAGACAAAACCGAAAUUUGUGCGAUCGCUGGAAUUGACCAAUGAGAUUUUUGCGUCGUCAAGUGCGACGAGAAGAAGCAUGCGCAAUAAGACAACUGUUGUUUUGAAUGAGGUGCGCAAGAAGAACACAUUUCUGGGUUUUGGAGUGAAAAUAGAAGCUCUGAAGCUUGAUUUUAGUUGAGAAACCGUAGAUUUUGGCCUAGGGGCGGUAAAAUUGCUCCCAAAGCUAGAAAAUAUGGAUUUUUCGUUCUUGAAGAGGACAUUUUGCUUUGUGAGGUGGAAAAACAUGGUUUUCUUGUUCUUCGGGCUCAGGAACCAUGUUUCAGAUCUGAAUUCAGCUUCGGAUCAUCUUAUGGACUCGAAAAUCAGAGAUUUUCGGUCUUCGAGAGGAAAUCUAUCAUCUAGAGCUAGUAAAUCAUGAUUUACUCAUUUUUGGAGCGAAAAUCUAACUCUAGGAGCUCGGAAACAUGGUUUUCUUGCUCUGAGAGCUUAGAAAUCAUUUGUCAGAACUAGAUCUUGUUCUGAGGCUUGUUUUCGUCGUGCUGGAGCCAAAUUUUGCAAUCUGAAAGCUCUAAAUUCUUGUUUUCCAUAUUUUGGAGCAAUAUUUGGCUCAUUUGAUCUAGAAAAUCCUAUUUUUCUCGAUUCUGAAGCUGGAAAACCAUGAUUUUUCUAAUUUUACACCUGAAUUCCGCUGAAAACACUAAUUAAAGCUAGAGUUUGCUCCGGACCGCCUGUAUUUCGCUUCGAGAGCUAGAAAUCAUAAGUUUCUUGGUCGCAAAGCAAAAUUUCAUGAAAAUCUGGAAUUUGCAAGUUCUAGACAUCAAAGUCAUGCUUCAAGUCCCAAAAAAUCGUGGAAUUAUCGAUUUUUCAAGCUCUGGAGCUCAAAAAUCAUGAAAAAGUUACAAAAUGAUGCAAUUAUCGAUUUUCUAAGUUCUAGAUCCAAAAAACCAUGAAAAAUCCGAAUUUCCCAUUCCCAACUCCUAAAAAUGCCAUUUUCAGACCCAAAUCACCGCCUCCUCUCCAAAACUCGAAGCAAUUUCGCGCAAACGUUGUCUUUCGAAUGCCUCCACAAUCAACGAAGAUGUUUCGCCAUCAAAACGUCGCCAAAAUCAACCGGAAAGCGGAAAACCGGUGCGCAAAAGUGCACGCGCGUUGCGCGCCUUCGACGGUGCGGAAAGUGUGACGAGCAGUCCGUCGCGUAAAGAUUAUUGGGAAGAACCGACGUUGGGAUGGUGUAGUGAUGAGAAUACGUUGAAGAGAAGAACUAGGGUAAGCAUUUUUCACCGGAAAUCGCCUACUUGACCAAAAAAUCACCGAAAACUGCCUACCUAGGUGGAUUUGGUAGGAAAAUCUGGUCAUUUUGAUACCGAAUAAGCCGCCUGUCGAAAAUCACACCAAAAACUGCCUACUUCAGAGCUUUUUGAUUGAAUUUCGGAUAUUUUCAUACCAAAUAUGAUUUUUGACGAAAAUCACACCGAAAAAUGCCUACGUAGGUGGUUUUAGAUGGAAAAUCUGGUCAUUUUGACGCCAAAUUAGCCGUCUUUCGAAAAUCACACCGAAAAUUGCCUACUUUUCAAGACGACGAAAAUAACACUAUUUUUCACCUACUUGAGCUCUUCUGGGUGCGUUAUGUUGAAAAACUAAUUUUCAAGUUUUCCAGACAAAAAUGCUGUCAAAAAUCUACCUGCCUAACUCCUACUUUAGCUUAUUUUCCAUCAAAAAUAACACUAUAAAAUCCCUACUUUUACGAUGUUCAAGGCUGUCAAAAAUCCACCCUCCCAACUCCUACUUUUCCACGUUCACAAUCCUGAAAAGGCUGUCAAAAAUCCACCCUCCCAACUCCUACCCUUUUUCCAGGAAAUCGAACGUGCCAAAGAGAAGUCGGUGUAUCAAAAGUACACAAAUGAGGUGGCGAUUCGUGAUCGAAUGAAAGGCGUUCAUCCAAGAACACCGAAUAAGCUUAUCAAUUAUAGUCGAAGAAGUUGGGAUCAACAGGUGAGGAAUUUGGCUGAAAUUUGGCUGAAACUGAUGAAUUUUAAGCUGGAAUUUGAGAAUUUUGAUGGAAAUCGGAUUUAGGCCAAGUUCGGCCUCAAAAACAUCCAAUUUUCCCCGAUUUUUAGGUCAAAAAUGGCCAGAAAUUUGAAUUUUGCAGAUCAAAAAAUGGAAGCGUAGCCUCUACGAUUGGGCCGGUGAAGAACCAUCAGAUUCCGUCAACACGUCAUUCUGUAGUUAUACAUCUGAUGAAGCGAUGAGUGGAAAAGAAGAUGAGGAGGCGAAUUUGGAAAAUACGCCAGUUUUGAAGGAUUUGGAUAUUCCGGUAAGUUGAAUUUGGGGAAAAUUGAUGAAAAAUGAGCCAAAAUUCGAGAUUUUUGCUCAAAAAUUGAACCAAAUUACUUGAAAUUCUGGAAAUUUGUUGAAAAAUUGAACUAGAAGUGCAAUUUUCAGCUUCCAAUUUGAAAAUUUCACCAAAAAUCAAUAUUUUUCGAGAAAUUCAAUUUUCCUAGCCACGUGACACGUUUAAAAGGUCAAAAUUGAGCUAGGGAGCUUGAAAAUUUGAAAUUUUGAUGAAAAAAGUUGAAAAUCGUAUUUUUGGUAAAAAAAAAUAACCCAAUUUUCAUGAAAAAUUGAUCUGAAAAUCAUAUUUUCAGCUUCCAACCCCAGAAAAUUCAAAAUUUUUACUAAAAUGAAUUUUUUUGCCACGUGGCACUUGAAGAAUUUCACGUUUUAUUUUAUUUUAUUUUUGAAAAUCUGUUUUUUUUUUGGAUUUCCCUCUCAAAAUUGACCAAAAUUAUCAAAUUUUCACUCAAAAAUCUUGGAAAUCCCAUUUUUGCACUGAAUUUCAACUUUCUAGCUCAAAAAAUUCGCUAAAAACUGGAUUUUGUUUCAGAUUCGCCCAGAAGCCGACAAUAUGGCCUCACUUUUGGGAAAAUUCGACAUUGAUUCACAAAUGGGAAUGGCCGAAGAGAGCACAUUAAAAGCCUCAAAUCCCAAAAUCGAUCCAUCAGCUCCUAUCGAUUUUUCGAAUUUAUCCUAA